AACAAUACUUGGAUGUUCUGGUGGAGCGUACUUAGAAAGGUCAUGGUAUUGGAGAGACAGCUGGUGCAGUGCGAGUGCUUUUUCUUUUUUCUUUGAGUGUGUGAUGGAGUCUGGUUUUCUCACCUUUAUUCUUGUGCUUUCAUUUGCAGUAUCUUCUUUUGGCAUCCCAGUCUGGGACGAUGUUGUGGUGGUCAGAGAGGGACAGCCCGCCAUUCUGGUCUGCACUAAAAUAGUGAGGAAGGCUGUGACCAUUGACUGGUUGAUGAAACCAGUUGGGGCGAAAGUCUGGAAACCGGUUCUCUCAGUCAACGAGAGGAAAGAGAUCUCUGUAGGCGCCUCGAAGGCAUCCAUGCGAUUGACUGACCCGAACUAUCAAGACAGUGGGAAUUUCUCUCUGUUCUUUCUUCCAAAAAUGGAGGACGGCGGCUUCUACUCAUGCUUGGUAAAGCAACAAAGGUGGAAGCUGAAGGAGAGGAUUAUCCUCUUAGCUGUACUUACAGUCAGCGUUGAGCCCGCUGCACCCGUCUCUCAGCAGAGCACCUUGCGGCUGAGAGCCUCUGUAAACCCUGACUUUAACUUCACCAAGAUCACCUGGGUAGCACCCGGCAGCAUUUCUAUGAAGAGCGCCAGGACAAACAAGGGCACCACAGCCAAACUGCCCAUCAUGCAGAAAAGUGACCAAGGGGCCUAUGUGUGCAUGGUUCACCCGCUGGGCAACAGCAGCAGCUCCCUCUUCCCCUUCAAUGUGGAUGUGACUGUUUCUGACAAAAUGGUCUCAUUGAAUUUAACAUACGAACCUCUGAUCUCCAUCGCCACUCAGGCUGGGAAACCUUUCCCCCUGACCUGUCCUGAUGUUCAGGGAGAUUACGUUCGGCUGUGGUGGCAACGUCCAGACACCACGCUCAAUGUUAUGAAGCAGUUGUAUCAGUACGACCGCUGGAGGGGCUUCACCGAGUUUACUAAGAAAAUCAACAUACUCCAGUUUGCAGGCCCGCCCUACAACCCAGAGGCCGGGAGCUUCUCCUUCCUGCUCACCCCUGGGUUGGAUGAUAGCGGCCUCUACAGCUGUGAAGUGUUUCUUGAUGACAAACCCUCCAGCCAGAGGACCCAGCUGAGUGUGCUGAAUGUUAAAGCCAGACGUUUCUCGACAAAGCUGGAGCUGUUGUGCCAGUACAAAGAGCUAUCCCAUGUCCACAGUGCCAAGUGGAAAUACCAGGAUGAGAGUCGCCAGCUGCAUUUUUCAAGCAAUAAUCCUGGCAAGAUUUCCAUCUUUCUGCCCUUACCCAUCACCUCUGAAACAGCAGGGAACUACACCUGCACCCUUAAGCUGAAAAACGGACAGACUGUCUCAGCCACGCAUGCAGUCAAUCUGCCCCAUAAAGGUGGAAAGGAUGGUAAAAGUGUGACCACCCCCUCCCUGCUCCCUUCUCUCUCUGCUUUAUUACUCCUGGUGCCCCUGGUUGCUGCGGCUGCCGGUGUGUUGCUAUGGAGACAAAAACACAUUUCUGAUCGCGGUAUUGAGCAGUCUCUGUCUGUCUACUCUGGCGAGGUAGAGAACAUCUAUGAGAAUCCUGAGGAUAUUAGACAGGCUCCUCCCCAGGGCUCAGUCUACAUGGCUCUGAAGCCAAGAGAAGAGGAUGAUGUCUAUAAGGAACUGGAGUGAUGCGAACAGUGUCAGGGCUGAUCACCUACCCACAUCUCAUCCUCAUCCAGCUGUCAUAACCGCUCAGUUCCAAGCUGCAGCAGAGGGCCUUUACUAACGGAAGAAACAACAGAAUGUCACAGUUGACAAAAAUGUUGCUUUAGGGAUAUGUAACUCAGUUGUUUGACACAUUUUCUGAAUCCAUAUGUUGCUCUGCAAAAGUGUUGUUUUUUAAUCAAUGAUGCUCUUAAAUGUCAUGUGUUAGGAGGACAUAGAGGAAAAGGUGAAAGAUUUUUCUUUAAGAAUCCAAACCUUACCCUAUGUUUAAGUUAAGCCUAUAUUGGCCUGUUUUCUUUUUUCACUGUCUACAGUUUGCUGUAUCUUCUUAAACAUUUUAUAUUUUAUCAGCUGUAAGUACUUCAGUAUGUCAGUGUAGAUAUUUCUGAAUAAACAUAGUUGUCUGUAAUGUCGCUUGGCUCAAAUACAAUGCAUCCCAAACCUUUC